AUGCUUAUUACCCCCACUCCUCCCCCUGACUCUACUUUUAUUCCUUCCUCAUCUUGUAUACCGCCUUCUGAGACUGCCACACCAUCUGUUGAUGCAGAUUCAACUGGUGAUGGUGAAGGUCUUGACCCGGCCCUGCAUGAUCGACCAUGGAUUGAGCCGUAUGGUAAAGGGUUUAUUCCAUCCAGGGUUGCUUCCCAGGCCAUCACACGUUCCAUUACGCAACAGUUUUUAAGUCCAUGGCCUACUUGGGGAGCAAUACCUGAUGACGACAAAAAGCCAUUCUGGGAGCAAUUUAAAAUGAAGGUGCAGUGGAAACUUGAACAUGAAACACAAAUACAAAGAAAUUUCCACAUGAAAGCAUCUCAUCGGCUAUCAGAGAUGUUUAGGGAUGCCCGUAAUGCAGGAGAGCGCCCUUAUUGGUUGGGUGAGCAAAUUUGGAACUCUUUACUAGCUCAUUGGAAUUCAGUAGAGUUUCGCAAUAAGUGUGCCAAAGCCUAG